CACCCAUUCAAAACAAGCCCAGACACACACCGACCGAUUGCUGGACAGGCGAUGCACGGUGUACUCAUCCGACCCACAGGACUGGACAAACUGACGAGCCGGGGACGGUUGAAGACCCACCGCCACACAUCAACGACACAGCUGUAUAUUAUUCGACACGCGCUCUUUGGUGUUUUUUGAGCCGUUCCUGUUCCUCCAGUAGUCAUCAUCAAGACUACCUGUCAAAACGACAAAAGUGACAGAUUCACGAUCGCUAUCGCUGCAGAUUUCUGGACACGACAAUGACUCUGGAGGAUGAUCUGACAACAGCCGCAGCGAUGGGAAACACGGCAGAUGUGGAGUAUCUCCUGCGGGCAGGAGCUGAAGUUAACGGCGUCAACUGUUUCGGUCGAACCGCUCUACAGGUGAUGAUGAUGGGGAGCACGCCGGUGGCUCAGCUGUUACUGAAGCACGGAGCGGAUCCCAACGUGGCGGACACAAGCACCGGGACCACCCCGCUGCAUGACGCGGCCAGGACGGGCUUUCUGGACACUGUGCGGUUGUUGGUGCAAUUCCUGGCUGACCCGCAGACCAAAGACAAUACAAACAAUCGGGCUAUCGAUUUGGCCCGACAGAACGGCCAUUUAGAUGUGGUCGAUUUUCUGCAGUCUCUGUAAAAUACUCCGUGAUAUUUUUUGUUGCAAAUGGGGGCUCUGAGAAACGGGGCAUGACGAGGCCUGCAGCCAAAAUUAUGCAUUAGAAUGUUUUGCUGAAAAACAUUUUUUUUUUUAUUUAUUUGUCAGAUUAUUUUAUUUUUUUGCUGAUAGGCAUCUUUUUUGUUGUUUGAACGAAAUCGGGGUUAGGCUCAGGGUCGUUUUUAUAAUAUAUAUAAUAUAAUUUAAUAUAAUAUAAUAGCCAGGCUAUUGGGCUACUGAUAUUAUACAGCGACCUUAAUUAACACAAUUUGUUGUAGAUUUAUCUUCCGUGGUAUAAUUGAAAUAUAGGCUAUCGAUUAGCUUAUAAGAAACCCCACUUUAUAUAGUGUACAGUUUUAAUGUUUGUUAAGUAGCCUAAAUUGUAUUUUUAAAAUAAAAUUUAAAAUAUUUAACCAAAUAUUUAACCAAAGCCAUUCAAAAUGUUUUGCACAUUGCACAUUAGUGUCUAACGUAUCCUGUGAGCAUUAUCUUUAUUCUGCAUAGACUUCGGGUCCCACUUGCUGUUUGUACAAAUGCUAUUUCCGGACUCGCAUAUAUUAUGCACUUUAAUAAAAUCGAGAUUUAGGCCUA